ACUGUCGGGGCGGAGGAUGAAAAAAAGAAGGUUAUUGAUGAAAUAUCGACUUCUCUUAUUCCACCAUCCAGUCCGCCAUGUUCUCUCGCAAUUUCGAGUCCUUCAGAAGCUGAAGUCCUUCCUUGUGAUAUACUGAGAAACAUAGAAGAGACUGUUCCUGACGUUUCAAGUGAUUUAGAACUAAAGGUGUUCGAGGAUAGGGAAAAAAGGAAAGAGGAAAAAGUUAAAGGGGGUUAUGAGGACACAUCUAGUGGUGAUACUAAAUCAAAAUCCGAUACUUUAUCUACAGCUGAAAUUCCCGCUACUUCUGUUGAAACCCCAAUGCCAGAAGAAGCAUUUGAGUGCGAGGCUAAAGGAGGAGGAGGAGAUCAAGGAGGAGGAGAAGAAGAAGAAGAAGAAGAAGAAAGAGCCGAUGAAUAUGAUGAUGAGAGCAUUAUUUUAGAACUAAGGGCCAUUCAGAAUGAAAAAAAGAAGAGGCAAUCGGAUGUAUGGAAAUUUGAAUCAGCUGAACCUAUUCAUUCCCCUAUUUCGUCUUUUAAACUUGAAAAUGAUGAGACUCUGAAUGAAGCAUCCGAGUUAAUGGACAAAAAGAACCGCAGGCUUCAAAUGGAAGUGAUUAGAAUGCAAGAACUGCUUUCGCAAGAAACUAGAUCCCGUCUUGAUUCAAUUUGCUUGAGUACGCCUUAUGUGUUAGCCAGCGGAGUUGGUGGUAAGUUGAUUAGUGUUACAUAA